AUGGGUUAUUCAAUAAAGCAAAAGAUAGAUAUCUGUCUGAUGGCGGAGUCCAAUCCGGACAUGACACAAGCUGAUUUGGCAACUUGGGCUAAAAAGCAUUAUGGUAGUUCAAAACCUCCUUCACAAACAACAAUCUCAAGAAUUUUAUCCAAGAAAGAUGAACUGAUUGCAUUAAAAGAACAUGAGUUCAAACUGAUUAGAAGAAGAAGAUUAUCAAAUCCGUUAUUGAGGAAAGUUCUUCUGGAAUGGAUAUCUCAAUGUGUUUGGAAUAACAUUCCAAUAACAGCACCAAUCAUUAUGAGUUCCGCUUCAAAUUUUUGGAAUCAUUUACCUGAUAAUUUAAGAGAAGGUAGUGGUGAAUUUUCAUAUAAAUGGUGUUCACAAUUUUUAUCAAAAGUCAAUAUAAAUUUGAACAACAUUGAGAAAGAACUAUAUAAAAGAUUGAAGAUUUGGACAUUUGAAGAAAGAUCAAUAUUACAAAACUUAUUAACUGGAGUUGAUUUGAAAAAAGUCUUCACACUGGAUGAGAUAUUCUUGAGUUAUGACCUACCAUUGGAUAAAUCUUGUUAUGAUGAUACUUCAGAUUUCCUAACAUGUAUGUUAUGUGUUAAUGCCGAUGGUUCUGAGAAAUUAGAUCCUUUAAUCAUUGGUCGUUAUGAAAACUAUCCUUCAUUUGAAAACAAAUCCUCCAUAAAAGCAGCCACAAAACAUGGUGUUAGUUAUCAUAGCAAUAGGAUGAAAUGGUUAACUUCUACAGUUUUCUAUGAUUGGUUAGCUGUUUUGGAUAAAAGAUUAGCUUUACAAGGGAAAGAUAUCAUCAUUAUUUUAAAUGACUCAGCAUCUCAUCGUGUUAUAAAUAUUAAACUACAAAGAAUCAGAUUAUUAUUCACAUCUUCAAGCUCAAAUUUCUUACCAAUGAAUUGGGGUAUUGCUAAUGAUUUCAGAUUAACUUUUAGAAUUGUACAAUAUAAAAGAUUACUAGAGAAGCAAAAGAAGAAAAAAGGUCAAUUAUUAACAAAGGAAGAAAUGAGAUUUUCAAUUGUUGAUGUUUUUGAUUUGAUCAAGAAAUCUUGGGAUGUUAUACCAAAUUCAAGAAUAAAGUCCGCUUGGAAACAAAGUGGGAUUUUACCAAAAUCAGCGACUGAUACUUUUGAAAGACAAGGGAUGUUUGAUGACAGUUUAGAGAUACAACUCUUCCAUUUAAUCAAUCAAUUAAACGUUAAAGAACAGUGGGAUGUAUUAUCCUUAUUGGAUUUGACAGUGGAGCAAAAAAUUAAUAAAUCAUUCCUUUCAAAUGAAGAAAUCAUUCAAAGUUGUGUUGUUGAUAAUUAUGAU